AUGCCAAUAUCUAGUGGAAUAUGUGAAGAUGAAGAAAAGGUUAUAGGCGUUUCUAUAAGUAAACAAAUGCUAGCUGAUGUAAGUCAACGGAAGUUUAUUUUCGCAUUGGUUCUUGUAAUACAAGCGUCUAUCCAUAACGAAUUAAUGUUGAUACAAGAAUAUGUUUCUCAAGGUUUCGAUUUAGACCAAAUAUUUGCAUUUUCAGAAUCUCUAUCAGAAUUGUCUACUUCCAAAGUACAAUAA